AUGGAGUCAUGCAAACAAAAGUGCCAGCAGUACUUUCUGCGAGUCAUGUCGCGCAAACUUUGUUUUUGUUUAUGUUUGUUUAACCGGUGGUGGAACCAAGCUCCGAAAUCAUGGGGGCAAACGUUGCCGCUGCUCAAUGCUGCGAUGGCACCAAAGAAUGCAAGGCUGAAGAAAUGUUUUUUGGCGAGCGGGUGGACCAGUGGCAAGUGAUGCCGGUUGAGAGCUUCAAGACUUUGGAACAAGAACGCAUUAACCCUUACACGGCGCCACCUUCGAAAACAGAAGGACAAUGCACCAUGUCGUUGGCAGACUGCCAGAUGGACGUGACCGAACCCCGCAGCGAGCUCGUCUUGGCGGAGACGCCGGACAGCGUGGUGGUGAUCACUGAUGGCCGAAGAGGCGCCGAGCUGCUGGACCACACGACCAGGCCCAAGAGUCGCAAACACUGAGCGGCCGGAGUGGGCAGGUGGCAACCGCUGGAGCGGCCACAGCGGUUGAGAGCCUAAGAGCGGUCCGACGCGCUUUCAUGGACUUACUUUUCAAUCCAAUUUGGGAAUGAUUACC